UUUGAUGGAAAUUAUGUACUCGUUGACUGAACCUUCAAAAUACGAUUAAUACUGUAAAAAUCUAUAUAAUUAGUUAAUGUUGUAUGUUAUUGAAUUAUUAUAAACAUAAAUCAUUGUAGUCAUUAAUUAUUAUUGUUGUAAUUUUUAAACAAAAAAUAGUAAGAUUAUUAAAUUAUUAUCUAUAUUGUUCUUUUUAUUUUAACUGUUUGUUUCUUUUACUAACUUUAUAUGUCUACAAUCAUUUUUGAGACGGAAUGUUCUUUCAUUAGAAGUCUUUAAUGAUGGAAUCGUUGGAUCAGUUAUCUAGUAAUAAUUUAGAAGUCAUGGAUGUAGAAAGAGUUUCUAUUAAUAGUAGUGUAAUGAACAUUGACAGAAACAAAAUUGAAGCUAUUCCUAAAACAAAUCAACCUAUAGAGUUGCAAGAUCUAACAGGUUUAACUGUGUAUGAUGUGAAUCAUUUUGAACAAGAAGUCUUACAACAAGUUACCAAUGAAGUAUUGGAUAAUAAAACUAUUUAUAACACUGUUGAGGUUCCUACAUUAGGAGUUUUAGGAAUUGAAGAAACUGAAAAUGAACGUAAAAUUAGGACUGGAGAAAUGACACCAUUUGGUUCAACAGAUGUUUCACAAAAAAAUUCAAAAAGCUCUUCAGAAAUGCUUGAAAAAUAUUUGCUGUCUCAAUCUAAACUUUCAACAAUGAUACAUAAAUCUAAAAUUAAAACAUCCAGUACAAAAAAAGAAUUUAAAAUAAAUAUGGAACCAAUUGAAAAGUCAAAAGAAUCGGGAAGUGAAUAUUUCCCAUCAACAGAUUCUGAAAAUGAAUCAUAUACCCCGGUUAAAAUAAAAAGUAAAAAACGAUCAUAUAAUCAUCAAAAAUGUAAUCAAUAUUCAGAUGAUGAUUAUACUAAUGGUACUGAUGAUGAAUAUUUCGAACCUAGACGUUCAAGUCAAUACAAAUCAUCUGAUGAUGGAAUAGAAGAAAACUAUGAGUAUCGAUUAAGAGAAUAUGAAAAAAAUAAUCCUGAAAUAGCUAUUGAUAAUGAUGAUGCAUUUCACUCUAUUGAUGGGGAUUAUUUUAAAGUUCCAAAAGAAAUUUGGGAAAGAUUAUACAAGUAUCAAAAGAUUGGCAUAAAAUGGCUAUGGGAAUUACAUCAACAAGGCUCUGGUGGUAUCUUAGGAGAUGAAAUGGGAUUAGGCAAAACUAUACAAAUGAUUGUUUUUUUUGGUGGACUGUAUUGGAGUCGUUUAAAAGAUAAAAUAACUGGUAUACGUGGUUUAGGUCCUAGUUUAAUUGUUUGUCCAGCAACCUUAAUGCAUCAGUGGGUUGAUGAAUUCCAUAAAUGGUGUCCACCUAUACGUGUUGUGGUUUUACAUGAAACUGGAGCUUAUAAAGGCAAACCAGGGGACUUAAUUAAACAAAUGUGGUCUAGUAAAGGAGUUUUAAUUACUACAUAUAAUGGUUUGCUUCAACAUAUUAUUCAUUUGUUAAAAAAUGAUUGGCAUUAUGUAAUUUUAGAUGAAGGACAUAAAAUUAGAAAUCCUGAUUCUAAAAUAACAGUAGCUGCAAAACAAUUGAAAUCUAGUCAUAGAAUCAUUAUAUCUGGUUCACCCAUUCAAAACCAUUUAAAAGAAUUAUGGUCGCUGUUUGAUUUUAUUUUUCCUAGUAAACUUGGGACUUUACCAGCAUUUAUUAAAAGCUUUGCUGUGCCAAUUACCCACGGAGGUUAUGCAAACGCUACUGAAUUACAAAUAACUACAGCUUAUAAAUGUGCAACAAUACUUAAAGACACAAUAUCUCCAUAUCUUUUAAGACGUAUGAAAGCUGAUAUCCAGUCACAUAUAUCUUUACCUGAUAAAAGUGAGCAAGUAUUGUUUUGUCGUUUAACAGAAGAACAAAAAAAAAUGUAUCGAGGAUAUCUUGAAAAUUCGGAUAUAAUAUCUGAAAUAACAAAUGGAAAUUGUAAAGUCUUUGUUGGCAUAUCUCGAUUAAGGACAAUCUGCAACCAUCCUGAUAUUUUCCAGACAAAUCUUGAAACUGGUGCUUUUGGCUAUUGGAAAAAAUCUGGUAAAAUGAUUGUAGUUGAAGCUUUACUAAAAAUGUGGAAAAAACAAGGUCAUCGGGUUCUGCUCUUUACUCAAAGUGUAAAAAUGCUUAACAUUUUUCAAAAAUUUAUUAUUGAGCAAAAUUACACAUACUUAAAACUAGAAGGCUCGACAUCCAUUGGUUCUCGUCAACCUAUUAUUAACAAAUUCAAUAAAGACCCGUCAAUAUUUGUUAUGAUUUUGACUACAAAAGUUGGUGGAUUAGGUGUUAAUCUGAUUGGUGCCAAUAGAGUGAUUAUAUUUGAUCCAGAUUGGAAUCCAGCUACAGAUUUACAAGCUAGAGAACGAGCUUGGAGAAUUGGACAAACAAAUUCAGUCACUAUUUAUAGAUUACUCACUGCUGGAACUAUAGAAGAAAAGAUGUAUCAUCGUCAAAUUUUCAAACAGUUUAUAAGUAAUAAAGUAUUAGUGGACCCAAAACAACGGCGUUUUUUCAAGUCAAAUUAUUUAUAUGAACUUUUCACACUUCAAGAUGUGGACGAUAAUGGUGUAGUAGAAACAUCAGAUUUAUUUGCUGGGACAGGUUCUGAAAUCAAUUUAAAAAAAAUGAUGAUAGCUCGGCGUGAAAGAAAGAAAUCUAAAAAAACAUCUUCAACUCAUUCAUUUUCUGAUGAUAAAAUUGAAGCUAUGAAACAAAAAGCACGAGAACUUAGUAAAAUGAUUGGUCAAAAUUCAAAAACAGAUAUAAAUCAACAAAUAACACCAUCAGAAAUGUGUACUAAUAGUGAACAUUGUUCUAAUGUUGAUAUUAUUUAUCCAUGUCAAGAUGACACUGAAAUUUCUAAAAAUAAUGAUAAACCUUUUACUAUUGUGAGUAAUGAGAGUUUAAAUAUUCCAUCUUGCAGCAAAAGUGAAAUGAUUAAAGCUUCAAAUCAUGCGUUUAAAAGAAAAAAUAGUAAAUAUUUAAAUACUAAGCAAAAAAAACCUAAAAUACCAUAUUUGGUCAAGUGUGAUAUUUAUCAGGAAGAACACGUAGAUGAUCUCACUUCCAAAAAACAAGACGAUUAUGUUCUUGAAAAAUUAUUCAACAAAUCGGGUGUAAAAGCAGCGAUGAGACAUGAUAAGAUAAUGGAAUCUUCAAAAUCUGAUUAUGUUAUAAUUGAAAAUGAAGCCCAAAAAUUAGCUAAAAAGGCAAUUGAAGAUCUUGAAGCAUCCCGUGCUCAGUGUUGGGAGACAGGAUCUGGUAGGUUAAACUGGACUGGCAAUCAAGGAACAGUUAGAUCUAAGUUAUUUCACAAUGUGGAAAAUAGUAAUGAAUCAAGUGGUCCAUCAAUACUAUCCCUAAUGAAAAAACGUAAUGGAAUUGUGGAAGCCACACAACGCGAAAUGCAGAUGUUAAACAGUAUUAGACAAUAUUUGUUAGAAAACAAUCAAAGUGUAAACACUGAUCAAAUAGUAAACCAAUUCAGGAAUAAAUACUCAGCUGAUGAUACCCCACUCUUCAAGUCAUUGUUGAGUGAAGUUUGUACAUUCAACAGGUGCCCUGAUAAAACUGGUGUUUGGACGUUGAAACCAAAAUAUUGUUAAACCAUUGAAAUUAAGUACAAACAAUAUUUAUUUUACAAAUUAUAUGUACCAAACAAACAAAUUUUAA